AUGUGGUUUAAAUGGUUUGAUGGGGCCCUGGAGACAGCUGUGUUGAUCGUGCUUGUGAAUUGGGAUGCAGGUGGGAGGCCGAAUGAUCUUCAAGAUUAUCGUGGAAGGACUCCUUUGGGGAUCGCUGCAUCUAAUGGAUUCACAGAGAUAGUGAAAAAACUCGUAGCUGCAGGUGCGAACACCCGCCUCUCUGAUGUGAAAGGCAAAACACCUUUACAUGCAGCUAUAUAUUCUAAAAAUGAAGAUACGGCGGAAUUCCUCGUGGUUUCUGGCUCUGUAAAUGAUCUUCAGGAUAAUUCCGGAAGAAGUCCCUUGCAUCUUGCUGCAUCAAGAGGACAUGCUGAAUUAUGCAGGAAGUUGCUUGCUGCUGGUUGCAAUGCCCGUCUUCAAGAUUAUGAGGGUUCUUCACCCCUUCAUGUUGCUCUUAUUGAGGGCACAGAGACUGUAGCUCUGGUACUUGCAUUUUUGGACUGUGAAAAUGACCUUCAAGAUGCCCAAGGCAUGACUCCCUUGAAUUUGGCUUGCUCAAGAGGAUAUGUGAGAGUAGUAAAAAAGCUGCUGUCUGCAUAUGCCGAUACCCAACUGCGAGACAACAGUGGGGAUACGCCCUUAUACACUGCGUUGGUGAAUGGACAUGAGCUGGUAGCCGAAAUUCUCAUUGAUUCAGGCACCGAGUACGAACUUCAAAGUGAAGACGGGCAAGCUCUCUUGCACAUUGCUACAGUGCUAGAAUAUGAAAGAGUAGUGAGAAAGCUACUAUUUUAUGGUGUACAUCCUCAUGCUAAAGAUAAGGAAGGAGAAUAUCCUCUUCAGAGUGCUCUAAAGGUUCAAAAAUAUCCAUUGUACCACAAGAAAAUAAAUUUUAGUGGUUAUGGGAGCAGUGAAGCUUAA